ACAGCCCGGAUGUAGCGCACAGGACCGCACAGUCCUCCUCACAGUGAGAAUAACAUGGCGCUGGCAGACACACAACGGUGCCUACUAUAAUUAUAUUAUCCACAACAACAGACUUAAAUAAACGACGGGACAUGUGAGCUCUUCGACCGCGGGAAGCAGGUUUGCCAGGGUUUUCCAGCAUGUUUGGGAAAAAGAAGAAACGGCUGGAGAUCUCAGCUCCGUCUAACUUUGAGCACCGGGUCCACACGGGCUUCGACCCGCGGGAGCAGAAGUUCACAGGGCUUCCACAGCAAUGGCAGAGCCUCCUGGCGGACACUGCCAACAGACCUAAACCCAUGGUGGACCCCUCCUACAUCACCCCCAUCCAGCUGGCACCAAUGAAGAUAUCUCCCAAGAAAGUCCGGUCAUCUGAAACGCCGUUGCCCAAAACGAUCGUUCGAGGGAACCGGCCUCCCAAAGACGCGUCUAUCAACGGCCUGCUGGAGGAGUUUGACAACAUCUCAGUGACGCGCUCCAACUCCCUGCGUAAAGAGAGCCCACCAGGCCCCCAUCAAGCAGGAACCAGCUCCAAACCCUCCAUCAGCGGUCAUCCGAACGCCCCAGAGGAGAAUGGAUUCAACCACUACUACUCUCGCUACUCCUGUGACCUCGACAGCUCCAGCAGGGACUUCUCUCUCGAUCCCAGCAGGCCCAACUUCUCCAUGGAUGGGGAGUGGGCUGUUGGGAGGCAUUAUCGGUUCACCAAGCAGAAUGGUCACUCACACACCAUCCGCAGCCCCUUCUACCCGGACGCCAUGCCCCAAAAAUCAGACUAUGGCAAGCUUCCCCCAGACUACCACACCUACCUGGAGAGCAAAGGACGCUCAGCAGACGAGGUGGCCUCCACGGUGGGGAGCGGGGUGGGCUCCAGCGGCUACUACCGGGCUUCUGUGGGUGGCUCGUCCAGUCAGGACUACAGGGACACUUCGGUAGGAACGCCUUCUCGAGCCUCGCUUCACAGCGAGCAGAUUAACUACCCGGACAGUGAGUGGAGCUACGGCGGCUUGGGAGAAUACGACAAGCGGCCGAAGAGUUCUUAUGUGACGCAGACCAGCCCCACGCCAGCUAUCAGGCAGAGGUCUCGGUCAGGUUCUGGACUGCAGGAGCCAAAUGUUCCCUACGCCGCCAGCGGGGCAUUCAAGAACCCCCCACAGGCCCAUCCGUACAGCUCCUACACCUACCCCCGACUGUCGGAGAGUCUUGGUAACUCACAGACCUUAACCAAGGGCGACUAUGAGCGUCCGUUACGUGAUGGCAGCCCUCAGGUUACGGGCGGUGAAACCUACCCCAGAGGGCCUCUUAAGCAGACUCUGAGUCACCCCAAGCCGCCUGGUUACCCCCCAGCACACCUGCCCUACCCUCCUGUGUUUCACCAUUACAAACCUUCACCGUACCACCAUCCCCCCUCUCAGCCCAGCCCGCCGUACACCCCUCAGGGGGCCUACUCACAGCCUUCAUCACCCUACAUACCCCCGGGGGCAUACCCGCCUCCUUCCUGGGGGUCCAGCUCUGACACUCAACCUUCCAGAGUCUCCCAUGAGCAGUUCAGAGCCGCACUUCAACUAGUCGUAAACCCAGGUGACCCUCGAGAAUACCUGGACAGCUUUAUUAAAAUUGGGGAAGGCUCCACGGGUAUCGUGUGCAUCGCAAGCGAGAAACACAGCGGCAAGCAGGUGGCCGUGAAGAAGAUGGACCUGAGGAAACAGCAGAGGAGAGAGCUGCUCUUUAAUGAGGUGGUGAUCAUGAGGGACUACCAUCAUGAGAAUGUCGUUGACAUGUACAACAGCUACCUGGUGGGAGACGAGCUGUGGGUUGUCAUGGAGUUUCUGGAGGGCGGGGCUCUCACAGACAUCGUGACUCACACCAGGAUGAAUGAGGAGCAGAUAGCUACAGUGUGUCUCUCGGUGCUGAGGGCUUUGUCCUACCUGCACAACCAGGGCGUCAUCCACCGUGACAUCAAGAGCGACUCCAUCCUGCUGACCAGUGAUGGCAGGAUCAAACUUUCAGACUUCGGCUUUUGCGCCCAAGUUUCCAAAGAGGUGCCCAAGAGGAAGUCCCUCGUGGGGACGCCCUACUGGAUGGCGCCGGAGGUCAUUUCUAGACUACCUUAUGGCACAGAGGUGGAUAUCUGGUCUCUAGGCAUCAUGGUGAUCGAGAUGGUGGACGGAGAACCCCCGUACUUCAACGAACCCCCUCUGCAGGCCAUGAGGAGGAUACGAGACAACCUACCCCCGCGGCUAAAAGAAUCACACAAGGUUUCCUCAGUGCUGCGCUCCUUCCUCGACCUCAUGCUGGUGAGGGAGCCGUCUCAGAGAGCCACAGCUCAGGAACUCCUCCAGCACCCCUUCCUCAAGCUGUCUGGACCUCCUUCCUGCAUCGUCCCCCUCAUGAGACACUAUCGCCACCGCUGACCUUCUGGCCCCAGAACUGCCCUCCUCUACACUAAAAAAAACACACACAUACACACACAUCCAGGGUGUCAGUGCCCUCACCCAGCCAAAACACCCCACCGCUCGGUGGCAAGACACUAACACUCUCACUUGUAACCGUGACGUAGAUUAGCUAGAGGAAUAUCUAAAUAAACAUUUAAAGAACACAGGAUGGAGAAAAGAAGAAAAAAAGUCUACCAUUUUGAAACUUAGAACUGGAGAAGAGGAGUGGACUCUGACAGAGGAACUAUCCAGAUGUCCAGUAGAAACAUCCUGCUGCAGUCCCUUUUCUUCCUACACUGAGUCUUCAGCUAUAUGUAGACUUGUAGUAGCCAGUAGCAGGAGCGUCAGAGCCGAGGAAGGUGAUGCAAACUGCUGACAAGGUGGAGGGACCCUGGAACAUUGCACUGUGCUUCAGACCAGAGCAGCAGAUUGCAGAACAAUCAGCACAGAGGUUUUUCUUUUUUUUUCGACUCAAAAUGAGGUGUCGUCUGUCCACCUGAAGGGCGGGCUGCUGCACCGCUAGUCGAACGGAGAUGAGCUUUCUCUCUUCUCACAAACUAACAGUGAAAAUGUAUUUUAGAGAAACUUGUAAGUUUUUCUGUACAGUUUUGAUAAUUUGCAGUAUUUUAUCGUGUCGUAACCAUUGUGAUAUGAGCAGUAUUAAAUAGAGUUUCUGCAGAGAUCUUUCCUACUGUUUAUAAUCCAGUUUUUGCUUAAAGAUAUAAGAGAUAUCCCAAAUAAACCAACUCAACCUAACUGUUAAUGAAAAUACUAAAUAUAUUUAUUAUCUUACAUUUGUAGACAGAACUUCCAUUCAAUGUUGGGAAAAAAGGGUAAUGUCAGAAUUUUGUAUGACGUUUUAAAAUAUUUAUUUAUUUAUUGGAACUGAAGGUUUAUUUUUUGGUAGUGUGGCCUUUUGUUUUUGUUUAAUUUGUUCUGUUUUUGUUGGGAGUUGUUUUACAUUUCUUAAAGCGCAUUGGCAGACAGUGAUAUCAGUUGUUAUAUCAUCCAAGCAAUACCCCUAACCUCUUUAUGAAGCCCUGUAUUUAUGAUACUGUAAUUACACCAUGCAUUUAAAUGUAGCACAGAAUGAGUGAGCAGGUCCAUCUUCUUUUAUAUUACGAGUCUCAUCCUGUUUCUAAAGUGAAGCCCGCUUGUCGUCAAGAUUUCAGCCCGCUGAUAAAAAGGUCUCGUUUUCUACUCACAUCCUCACUGUCAUCAUCUCACUCCUUAUCCCGCCUCAGUCAGACACACACACUCGCUAUCACUGGAGCUGUGCUGCCAUCCUCAUCUGUGGUCGGACCGGGGGAACAGUGUAAUCCUCCACCCUGCAUUGUUUUUAACCAUAAUUCACUGUGAUAUGUAAAUAUGACUGUGCGUUUGUGAAUGUGUGUGUGUGUGUGUGUGUGUGUGUUCGUUUGUAUGUCAAAGAGCAAAAGAUGUAGAGCGUGUUUAUCUCUGUACAACAUCUGAAAGUGUGUGCGUGUGUUUGCGUGUGUGCUGGCUAAUCCUCGACACUGUGUCAGGGCCUGAAUGAGUAACACUUAUCUGUGGUGUUGGCUUGUACAGUGAUAUUGCAUGUUUGUUAUCAGUGAAGCUGGUUUCAAUUAAAAAACGCCCAUUAAAACAUUGAGAUGUGUUGCAUGGAUUUUUCCUCCAUCACCCUCUGAAGUCUUCUUCUACUUCUUCUCCCUCACCUUCUUCUUUUCCUCUCUGUGUUUCAUAUCAAGCAGAGAUUUUUUUUUAAACAGCACACUGUCAGAUCCAAGUACUUCCUUUCAGCCAUCAACUGUUUUUUCUUUGUUGUUUGGGUCCCCCAUAUUCUCUAAAUUCAACAGUUCUCAUUUCCAACUUUCUCACCCUAACUUCCCCACA